AAAAAUUUCAAACUUUGACCCGCCAUAACUUUCGAACGGAGCGUUUCCGCGCUUUCGGACUUCGAUAUUCUUGUUCAGCUCGUCGAACUGAACAAAAUGACAUAUCACCCGACCCAAUAACGAUCCGCCCCUAUUCUAAAAUUUUUCCCAGAUACUAUAUAUCUUGCAUAUAACCCAAGUUCUUUAAAAAUUCCAAUCUGACUACAGUUUCUGCAAGAAUGUCAAAAUCGAAAAAUAUUUUCAUCACCGGCUGCAACCGUCCAAACGGUAUUGGAUUUGGGUUGGUAAAACAAAUGCUGGAUCGGUACAAUCCGGAACAUUUGUUCGCGACUUGUCGAAAUCCAGCGGAUGCAAAGGAAUUGAAUGAAUUAGCUGCCAAUUAUGGGAAUUUACAUGUCAUUGAGCUUGAUACUGUGGACACCGAAAAAUUUGGCGACGUUGUGUCGCAAGUGGACAAGGUGACGGGUGGGGAAGGGAUAAAUCUUCUCAUAAACAAUGCCGCAAUUUUGGAACAACCUCAAAGUUCGAUUCACCAGCUAAACAAGGAUUUGUUCAUGAAGCACUUAGAAGUGAACACGGUCGCUCCAAUUUUGCUGACCAAGGCAUUCCUUCCACUCUUGGAGAAAGCAGCAGCGAAUUCCAAUUCGCCCUCGGGGAUUCAGAAAGCUGCAAUUGUCAACAUUUCAACAAAAGUUGCUUCAAUUGCUGACAACACGGGAGGUGGGAUGUAUUUGUAUCGAAGCAGCAAGACCGCUCUGAACAUGGCGACAAAAUGUUUAAGCUUGGAGUUGAAGAAUAAAGGUAUCGUGACCCUUAUGUUGCAUCCCGGCUGGGUUCAGACGGAUUUGGGAGGUCCCAAUGGAACGUUGACUACUGAACAGAGCGUCACCGAAAUGACAACAGUGAUUGAAAAAUUGGGUGCUGACGACAACGGGAAAUUCUUCAAUUAUGAUGGACAAGAAAUCCCGUGGUAAAAAUGUGAAGAUUGAUCAAGUCAGUAAUGCUUGGUUCUAAAAUCUAAAAUGUGACCUAAUUCCAAAGCAUUGAUAUGAAUGUCAAUAAAAAAUGUAACGUUUAA